AUGUCUUUUGACCGCAUCCCAGUAAUCGAUCUGGAAGACGCCCUAAAGCCAGAGAAGAAACAACAGUUUUUGAGAAACUUGCAAGACGCUCUUGUGAAUGUGGGAUUCUUCUUGUUGGUGAAUUUUGAACAAUUCGGCCCAUCCACGGCCCAAUUGGAAGACAUUAAGUCAGAGGCUCUCAAAUUCUUCGCAUUGCCAGAUGAAAUCAAGCAAGAGUGCGGCAUGCUGAACUCGCCUCAUUUCUUGGGCUACACCAAACUGGGAGACGAAAUUACGGGCGGAAAAGCAGACUGGAGAGAGCAGAUCGAUUUGGGAACGGAACUGCCUGCUCCUGAAAACCCAGAACCACUUUAUAAACAACUGGAAGGUCCCAAUUUGUGGCCACGGCCCGAGUAUGCUCCAAAUUUCCGCCCUGUGGUCACAGACUACAUCAAAACAAUGACCGAGCUAUCUACUGCGUUCAGAAGCCUUAUUUGUGAGGCUAUUGGGUUGCCCGCUGGCCGUCUCGACUCUUACUUCAAGCCCAAUCAACAGUGCAAGAUCAAGCUCAUCUCGUACCCUGAAAAAGCGAACAAAGAACCCCAAAAUUUAAAAGAAGGGAAACCUGAAGAUGCUCAGGGUGUGGGGCCUCAUAGGGAUUCAGAUUUCAUAACUUUUAUCUUCCAAGCCUCCGAGCACACUGGCUCAUUACAAGUUCAAAAUUUCCAGGGCAAAUGGGUCCCCAUCGAUAACGUUCCUGGGAGUCUUGUAGUCGCCGUGGGCCAAACACUCGAAGCUAUCACCGAUGGUGUCUGCAAGGCCACAAUCCACAAAGUUACAAGUCCACAAGAGGGUGCGGGGGUAAGACUGUCUAUCCCAUUCUUUCAAACCAUAGACAUCGAUUCUCGCAAAAGUGCCGUUUCCGAUUUGGCAAGCGACGUACUACGGUUGAGAGAUGAAAGAGACAAGUCGAUAGACAAUUGGGGUGUCGAUGUGGGGUUCCAAUUCAAACCUGAUCUUGUGAAGCAUCCUGUUGGACACGCUGUCUUCUGGAACAGGAUAAAGUCCCAUCAGGACGUUGCAGCGAGAUGGUAUCCAAAUGAGCUGAAACAAGUGCUGGCAGAAACUUAG